CACGGCGUUACCCCACCAAGACGUCCGUUCACCGCCCCUCUUUUGUUUCUCAUACUCUAGGAACUUGAAAACUACACACCCUAGCGGAAAAGGACUUUCGUCCGGAGCUCUGUCAAGAUGGCGAUGCAACUGGACAUGUCGAAUGCCCAGGUGAUGAAGGAUGAGUCGGGACGGCCGUUUAUUAUUGUGAGAGACCAAGGCAAGAAGAAGAGGCAACACGGCAACGAAGCGGUCAAGUCACAUAUCCUGGCCGCGCGGACUGUAGCCAACAUUGUGAAGACAUCUUUGGGACCCCGAGGACUGGACAAGAUCUUGAUUUCGCCCGACGGCGACAUCACCGUGACCAACGACGGCGCCACCAUUCUGUCGCAGAUGGAAAUCUCCAACCACGUCGCGAAGCUGCUCGUUGAGCUCUCAAAAUCACAAGAUGACGAGAUCGGCGACGGUACGACGGGUGUAGUGGUGCUUGCAGGCGCGCUCCUGGAGCAAGCGGCGGACCUCAUUGACAAGGGCAUCCACCCGAUUCGGAUAGCGGAUGGCUACGACCAGGCCUGCGAGGUCGCCGUUGCAAAGCUCGACGAGAUCAGUGACGAGAUCAAGUUCUCCAAGGAAAACACAGAGGAGUUGUUCAAGGUCGCCAAGACGAGUCUGGGCAGCAAGAUUGUGUCAAAAGCACACGACCACUUCGCCAAGAUUGCCGUUGAUGCCGUGUUGUCUGUCGCGGAUUUGUCCCGGAAGGACGUUGAUUUCGAGCUCAUCAAGGUCGACGGUAAAGUCGGAGGAGCGCUGGAGGACACACUACUUGUCCAGGGUGUCAUAAUAGACAAGGACUUCUCCCACCCGCAAAUGCCGGACGAGGUCAAGGACGCGAAGCUUGCCAUCCUCACAUGCGCUUUCGAGCCCCCGAAGCCCAAGACGAAGCACAAGCUGGACAUCACGUCCGUCGAGGAGUUCAAGAAGCUACAGACGUACGAAUCCGACAAGUUCACCGAAAUGAUAAAGCAGAUCAAAGAUACCGGCGCCAACGUGGUCAUUUGCCAAUGGGGAUUCGACGACGAGGCCAACCACUUGCUCCUUACCAACAAACUACCCGCUGUCCGGUGGGUAGGAGGCCCUGAGAUUGAGCUGAUCGCAAUCGCUACAAACGGCCGAAUAGUGCCCAGGUUUGAGGACCUGAGCGCGGAGAAGCUGGGCAAAGCGGGUGUUGUCCGGGAACUAACGUUCGGAACGACCCGCGACAAGAUGUUGGUCAUCGAAGAAUGUGCAAACACUCGUGCGGUGACAGUCUUUGUCCGUGGUAGCAAUAAGAUGAUCAUUGAUGAAGCGAAACGAUCAUUGCACGACGCUCUCUGUGUUGUCCGAAACCUAGUCAGAGAUAGCCGUAUCGUAUAUGGUGGCGGUGCGGCCGAGAUUGCCUGUUCGCUCGCUGUGGAGGAUGCUGCCGUCAAGAGCCCCGGUCUCGAGCAAUACGCAAUGCGCGCGUUUGCCGAUGCGCUCGAUUGUGUACCCAUGGCACUGGCCGAGAACUCUGGUCUCAGUCCGAUCGAAACACUUGCAAACAUCAAGUCGCGCCAAGCCAAGGAGAACAACUCUAGGUUAGGUGUUGACUGUAUGCAAACCGGAAGCAACGACAUGAAGGAGCAUUUUGUGAUCGAUCCUCUGAUCUCCAAGAGGCAACAGUUACUCCUCGCAACACAACUGUGCAGGAUGGUACUCAAGGUCAAUAAUGUGAUCAUCGCGGGCAGCGACGACCAAGAGUUCUAGACGCGCGGCUGCGGCGGUCGAGGGACGCAGGGCCACGUGGGAGGGGGACGAAGGACGUAGGCGCGGCACAAGCGCUCCGCCGAUUGUAUAACGCCCUAUACCAUAUAGACGGCCACAGUAAUUGAAAAGAAAUGUCAAGGCAC